AUGGCAGCCCAGAGUAUGACUACGCUCGUCCAGAGCGCAGCACCAACACCAGCUAUGAAGCGAUACGGAUCACAUUUAUUGAGAGCCAUCAGCGGAUUCCUGAUGGUUGUCACUGCUCAACCAACAGUGUAUGCGGAGAUCUUAACACCAGAGGCCGAUCGUAAGGAAGGCGGGCAGGUUGAUAUGAGGUGUACCGCUACAAACCUCGAAACGGAUCAUAUCGUGGCAUGGAGGACUGAAUACCCGGAUCUGGUCCUAAGAUGGGGUGAGGACACUUAUCAAAACGUAAAUGGGCGAUUCAUCUUCGAUACAUUGGUAGGUGUGAAUACUCAAACAGUUGUUCAAGACUUUACCAUCACCAAUGUGCUGAGGGCCGAUACUGAUCAAUAUGUGUGUAAUGUCAAUGACCCAAUGCAGAGUGGAGGCAACACCAUCGUAGCCACAUCCAAUGUAACACUUUCAGUGUUAUACUUCCCCAGUGCGUCCUUCCCUAUGUGCUCUCCUGCUGGACCCAUUACAGUAGACGCUUGGACAGAGUUAGAUAUGAGGUGUUCAUCUGAGAGCAGUCACGGAACAGUCACAAUGACGAUCAACGCCACUAUACAGACUUCUAGAUAUACCAACUGGAUAUCAGUAAUCAACGAUGAUAGCGAUACAGUCGUAAGGACAUUAGAUUUGACAGUGGAUGAUGCUGAUAAUGGUGUUGCAUUCGAAUGCUUCAUAUCAUCAAUGUAUUUCACUGGUAUGCAGCGUACAUGUCAAAUCGGACCAUAUACAGUGAGGAACACCAUAACAAUACCUAUGACAGAACCCACAACAUCAUCCACGUCAACAUCAUCUACAGCAGGAUCAACGAGACCUUCGACUGGAAAUCCUUUUCUAACCACAGAAAACGAGGUUACUUCAACCUCUUCAAUUGUGUCUAGCCCAAGCUCGUCUGGUGCAGCCCCAUCUUCAACUCCAUUGAUUGUAGCUUUCAUAGUUGUCGUAGUCCUCGCUGUUACAUUCUUUGUCAUCAUCAUCAUUCUCAUCCUUCGUGACGUCAGAAAGAACCGUCUGAUAAAAAGACUCAUCUCUGAAAAAGAACCUCGAGUCACCCAACCUGAUCCCUACAUGGAGCUGCAGCCAACGGAGGACAGGAAUCGCGUCUACAUGGAACCCAUCACGACUGAUGAAGAGACAAUUCCAACACAAGAUACCUACUACCAACCAGUUGAAGUAGAUGAAAGCCCAGAGGAUGACUACGCACAGCCUGAUGAUCUCAGGGACAGCGAGCAAAGAAUAACUCACCAAGUCAGUGUGCAUGUUGACCCAACCCCAAGUUCAUCAAGAGCAACUGACACUGACCAUACAUACUUCGAACUAGUAGGUAAAGUAGAUAAGGAAAGCCUGGAGGAUGACUACCUUCGACCACGGCCACAUGAUCCCAAGGAGCAAAGACACGUUGACCCAACCCCAAGUUCACCAGGAAAAACUGACACUCAUCAUACCUACUUCCAACCAGGUAAAGUAGAUAAUGAAAGCCAAGAGGAUGACUACGCCCAGCCUGAUGAUCCCAAGGAGCAAAACAUAAACCACCAAGUCAGUGUGCAUGUUGACCCAACCCCAAGUUCAUCAGGAGCAACUGACACUCAUCAUACCUACUUCCAACCAGGUAAAGUAGAUAAUGAAAGCCAAGAGGAUGACUACGCCCAGCCUGAUGAUCCCAAGGAGCAAAACAUAAACCACCAAGUCAGUGUGCAUGUUGACCCAACCCCAAGUUCAUCAGGAGCAACUGACACUCAACAUACCUCCUACCAACCAGGUAAAGUAGAUAAUGAAAGCCAAGAGGAUGACUACGCCCAGCCUGAUGAUCCCAAGGAGCAAAACAUACAUCACCAAGUCAGUGUGCAUGUUGACCCAACCCCAAGUUCAUCAGAAGCAACUGACACUCAACAUACCUCCUUCCAACCAGGUAAAGUAGAUAAUGAAAGCCAAGAGGAUGACUACGCCCAGCCUGAUGAUCCCAAGGAGCAAAACAUAAAUAACCAAGUCAGUGUGCAUGUUGACCCAACUCCAAGUUCAUCAGGAGCAAUUGACACUCAACAUACAUACUUCCAACCGAGUGAAGAAGAUAAUGAAAGCCAAGAGGAUGACUACGUUGUCUCCAAGAUAUAGCACCAACAUUUCCAAUGUUCUCCAAAGAUUUCAAGAGGCAAUCAACAAACCCUAGCAAACUUGUUAAAAUGACUGUUAAAGGCAGUGGACACUAUUGAUAAUUGUCAAAGACUAGCCUUCACAGUUGGUGUAUCUCAAC